AUGGGCCUGGGAAGCAAUUCCUGGAAGAGCUUGUCAUUGCUGAGCACAGAUAGUGAGGAACGCCACUACGGCGAGCAGGAUGACCAGGAUUUUGCUUCGGACGUCUAUGUUCUCGCUGAGAGCUCUACGGAUGAGCUCCUUAGUUCCUGGAAAGUGUUCACAGCACUGAAGGAUGAAAGCUAUCAGGGAAGGCGUUUGGAGAACGCUGCUUGGCGCUUGCAUGCAAUGCAUGUUCAAGGCAAAAACCCGAGCAUCGAAGCAGAGUCCCGUGUCACAGGGUGUGCCUUUGGUGGCAGCCUGGACAAGUCUUGCUUCAGCCAUGAGACGUCCACAAAGCCCCCUCAGGAAACCUGGAGUGCGGAUCAGCUCCUGGGGGUAUUCUUGAAGCACAAAGUUUCAAAUGAGACCAUGGAGGAUGUCCUGCAGAUACUGCACAGUAUCAAGUUCAGUGCCGCGGACGUUCCCAGUGCAUCUGAAGAGCUGCGAGCUCUUCCACAUAGCCAGAGACCUGUCUGUGCCAUCUUCACGCACAGUCUUGAAAGGAAUGGCGCGAACAACUUCUGCCUGUACAUUGCGCGGGUCCUCAAGCAAAGCCAACCACUCACAAUCUUCUCACCAAAGGCUGGCCCUAUGAAGGAAGAUUUUGAGAAGCUUGGUCUGCAAGUGACCAUUGUGGACACCACUUCUCCAAGAUUUUUGGCAGACCUUGCAAUUUCACUCCGAGAGCUCAAGGUUGGCAUGCUCCUCGCCAACACCAUCAUGCGCUGUGACAUCAUCCUUAUGGCAGCAGAUCUUGCGCUUCCCAGUGUGUGGGUCAUUCAUGAGUCUUGGCCACAAGAUCAGUUGGAUCACUAUGCGAAGGAGGUGUUCAUGUGUAAAGACAUCGAUGCAAGGGUCAUCCGGAAGGCAUUCGCAGCUGCUGGUACGAUUGUCUUCCCGUCCGACAUGCAGCGGCACUUGUACGAUGGGAUGUUCAGGCCCGAGGCUGGCAUCACAAUCUACAACGGUAUUCCCCUCCAGCAGCUGGACCACUUCAAGCAAACGCAAGACAGGCGGGAAGUGCGAGCAACUCUGGGUUACUCCGAUGAGGACUUUCUGGUGCUGCACCUGGGCACCGUCUGCAGCAGAAAGGGACAGAUGAUCUCCGCAACGGCAUGCUCCAGGCUAAUCCAGGAAGAUGGCUGCAAGAACCUGAAGCAGCUGAUCGUUGGCGCUCGCUACAUCAGGGACCAUGAAAUCCGCUAUAUCGACUCCAUCUUUGAGGUGGCCGCUGCCCACAACGUGUCCUGCAGGCGCUGGGAGGAUCUGGCGGAGGAGGAGCGUGGGCAGCCUCAGAUUACGAUCAUGGACAUCCAAGCAGCUGUUUUGCGCUUCUACAUGGCUGCAGACGUCGUGCUGGUCCCAUCCCUGAACGAGGUCUUGCCUCUGGUCAUUUGCGAGGCCAUGGCCUUUGAGCGGCCAGUGAUUUGUAGCCGAAUUGAUGCCAUCCCCGAGGCUGUCACUGAUGGAGUCGAGGGGUACUUGGUGCCACCUGGAAGUCCGGAUGCUAUCCGGGCCGCCGUACUAAAGCUGUACCGAGACCAAGCUUUGUGCGAGAGGAUGGGCGCUGCAGGCAGAGCACGUGUCCUGAAGCAGUUCAGCUACAGCCAGAUGGGCCAGCACUACCGAGAGCUCCUGGAUACAGUCCAGAUGCAGGUGGAGUCGAAGCCGACGUCCUACGAGUCUCUGCAGGGGCGCACUGUGCUGGUGGACAUGGACAACACUAUUGUGGAUUGGGAUGGUGAGUUCAUUCGCCGCUAUGCGAAGGCCUCUAGGAGGGAUGCGCGGCUUGUCGAGCUGAUGGUCCGCAAACGGUCAAAGUUUGAGAUUGAGGAGAACUUCGACGAGUCUGAGCGUGCCAUGGUGUUGGAGACAGUAGCUUCACCAGGAUUCUAUGAAAGCCUGGAGCCACUGCCAGGUGCAAUAGAGGCUUUGCAGACGCUGGUGGCAGAGGGAGUGGACGUGAAGCUUGUCACGGCUCCUCACCCCACUUGUGCUGGGACCUGUGCGUUGGAGAAGUACCUCUCUGUUGAGCGCAUGCUUGGAGCUGAAUUCCAGGAACGCUUGAUCAUCACAAGAGACAAGACCCAGGUGCAGGGAGACAUCCUCAUAGAUGAUAAGCCCCGCAUCUCAGGAAGCAAGCCAUGCCCUUGGAAACACGUGAUAUUCAGUCAGUCCUACAAUCAAGAUGUGGAGGGAAAGCCCCGGCUGCUGUCUUGGACAUCUUGGCGGGACGUGCUCUGCAAAGCGAUCUGA